UAGUUAAUGCGAGAAACUGCGUGAUUUGGCCAUUAGGCAGAGGAGGUAGGUCAAGCUGUAUAUGAGCUGUCCAAAGAAGACAUCGUUGGACGUUACUUGUGUUUGCAUUCAACAGAUCUAUACGUCUGCGACGAACUUGCUCUCAGUGCAAUUACUAAACAUCCUAGGGCGGUUGCAUGACGCCCAGUCUAUGGAAACAAGGUAUAAAGAUGACAUGAUACCUCUUUAUCUUGGCAGGAAGACUGAAAACUAUUUGCAAUGGAGAGUGAUAGCAGUUCUAAUCAAACCACAGUGUGGGCAGCAGUGGGACAACAGGUGCAACACCAACAACAGCCACCACAGCACCCACAGCCGUCUCAAGCACAGUUGCAUCAACAAGUGCAGACACAACAAGCUGUUUUGCAGUCCGCCCAAUUUGUUGCUGCCCCUCCUUCAAAUAGUGGAACAUUUACUGUAACCACUGCUCAUCAGGGUCUCCCAAUUUUAGCUGCAACACCAGCAGUAGCAGCUGCUGCAGCUUCAAGUACAUUUACAGCACAGUAUGUUGAUUUUCAGUCACCUCAAUUUGCUACGUACCAAAUCAACAUUCCUCAUGGAGCCAAUCUCUAUCAGCCAGCACAAUCUUCAUUUGAAAGGAUUUCACCUGUGGAUGAAUUCCAAAGUGGGGAAGUGGUUUCUGGAAGUGAUGGUAUUGCUACAUACUCAACCUUACAAACUGCUAAUGGCACACAGCUCAUUGCUGCUCCAACUGUUGACAGUACCACACUGCAGCAUGCCACUUUUCAUGGACAUCAUGUUAUGAAUGACAACUUGAUGGCAGUGCAGCGUGUUGUUUCUCCAGUUGAUUGUACUGUGAGCCAGUCUACAUUGAGUCUCCAAAGGGAUCACGACAGUACUCACCAGGCUUCCACUAUUGGUUCUGUGAGUCAGCACCAACCUAUGGAAACUCUGAGUGGAGAACCAGAUACAACCCAAGAAGACAGCCAAGACUUUAGCUCUGCCCAAGUUGGUUCUGGUGUGGCAUUCAACACUGACAAUGGUAUUGAAGAGACAAAUGAUGCUAAUGGUCUCCAUUCUACCAUAUCUAGUAGCAAUGGUAUUAGUACUACAACACGUGAGGUCUUGGGUGUAGCAGUUUCUGCUGUUAGCAGUGGACAGUUAUCAUCAACUGUGGAUGGUACCAACUCCGUAUCACCAAGUGUUGUCUUGGAAAGGGAUAUUGGUGUUUUUCAAAGAGUUGAGGCUGCCCAGUCUUGUAUAAUUGAUAAUUUUAGGCGGCAACAUCAUCUUAACUCAAUUAGUACUGAUGGUGUUGCUGACAGUUCUGCUGAAGUUGAUGCAGAUUUAUCAAGUGGUGCUCAUCUAGCAAUAUCUCAGAAUCUAGAAGAAAUUGUUGCUAGAUCUAACAAUGAUUCAGCUAAUGUUAGUAGCCUAAGCCAUGGUCCAAAUAUUACUGGAGCUAGCAGUAGUGGACUUGGUAAUAUUACUGGACCCAGCAAUUUUUCUAGCAAUACUGCCGGAACUAGCAACACUGGGCCGAGUAAUAUCACUGGAUCUAGUUGUGUUUCUGCUGAUAUCAAUGGCUCUAUUAAUGGACUAGACAAUACUGCUGACUCUAACAUAAGCUCUGGCAACAUUGCUGGAUCAAGCAGAGGUUCUGUUAAUAUUGCAUCAAACAGGGUUUCUGGUAAUGCUGCUGCAUCUAAUAACAUUACUAAUAACAUUCUCAAUUGCUUAGAAGAGGAAAAAGAAAAUAUUCCUCAUUCAAAACGACAAUUGCGUAAAUCAAACCGCAUUGCCAAUAUGGAAGCCGAGUCAAGCUGGUCGAGUCAUCGCCGUCAGUAUAAACCUACCAAGGCAUAUAACCCUGAUGAACUUUGGUGUGAAGAAUGCAUGGCUACUUACCAAAAUGAAUGUCCAGAACAUCGCCUACAAAUUGUACCUGAUAAAGUAGUCUUGUCUCGGGCCUGGUCCAGUUUGCCUCCAAUACUUCAGAUAUUUCGACUUGGUGAAAGUACAGAACUUGGAGUAUUUGCAAAACGUCCCAUUGCAAAAUCUACACAGUUUGGACCAUUUAUUGGUGAACCGGUAGCCAAUCAAAAUCAGCUGACAAACUGUCGGUUUGUUUUAAUGUUAGAGCGUGAAAAUAAUGAGUGUUUCUACAUUGAAAUGUCUGAUGAGAAUAAAUGUAAUUGGAUGAUGUUUGUACGACCUGCUGAGAACUUUGCUGAACAAAACCUUGUUGCUUAUCAACACUGUCAAGAUAUCUAUUUUACAGUUUCUAAAAAUAUUGAGCCAAGGCAGGAGCUCAAAGUGUGGUAUGCAGCACAUUAUGCUGAACGUAUUGGAGCACAUGUUCUUGAUAUCACAGAUGAAGAUAUUGAAGCUUUGGAUGAACAAGAACGCAAAUGGCCUUGUUAUGAAUGUAAUAAACGAUUUAAAACAUCAGCUGCACUUCAGAAGCAUUUAGUUGUUCAUGAAGAAAAUACAUCAAACCGCCAUCAAGAUGAUGACUUUAGUAUUAGAGGUGAAACAAUGAUGCAGAAGAACCGACGUAAAGGAUUCUCUUUACAAGCAGGAACAUUGAAACGAAAGAGACGGCACCCAAAAGUGUCUGCCAAUGGAGAAAUCUGUAAUUAUCCUUGGAAGAAGAAAUCUUCUACAUUCUAUCUAAACAAAACACUGAAGAAAUAUCAUCGCAGGUUGGAUCAUGAGGCCCUUAGACGUCGAUCAUUAAAAUCUCUGUAUCGUAAGAAAGGCAAAGUAACUGGUGGAAAUGAGUGGGUGUGUACACAUUGUGACCUGACAUUUGAUAAUUCAAACUUACUGAACUUACACACACUCACCCAUGCUGCUGAAGAUGUUGGCUUAGAUGAAGUGAAAAGGCUUGCUUGUGAUCCCAAUGAAGCAAAACCAGUGCUAGCAAAUGCCAUCCAAAUGCAACAGAUUACCAAUGGAGAUGCCAGCAAUGAAGUUGCUUCUUUGGAAGAGUCUGAUAGUGUCAUUACUUUAGACUCAGAUGUUUUGGCGUGUCCAGUAUGUUUUUUAUCCUUCCAAAAACAACAAGACCUUAUAGAACAUGCUAGUGUACAUGGCAAAACUAAACGCAAGAUGUUGCACAAUCCUCAACGACCACAUAAAUGUCAGAAAUGUUGGAAAGCUUUUAGUAACUAUGAACGCCUUCAGAAACACCUUUUGUGUCAUGGUGAUGAGAAUUCUAAACCACUUCAAUGUCAAGUGUGUUUUAAGCGCUUCAUGAAUAACUCUGCAUUGUCCUGUCACAUGAAGACACAUAGUGAUAAAAAAUAUUAUGAGUGUCCACUCUGUCAUUCAGACUUUGACCAAGUAGGUUCAUUAAAGAGUCAUGUGACUGAACAUGAAGAUGCCAAUGGUAAAUAUAACUGUCCCAUAUGUACCCGGGUAUUUGAUGAAUUUGUUACUAUUCGAAAGCACAUGCGUGCAUUCCAUUCAGCAAUAAAAUAUCCCUGCCCUGAAUGUGAUAAGCUAUUUCCACGGCCGGAUAAGCUGAAAUUGCACAUGUUACGACAUUCCUCUCACCGGGAGUUUAUGUGUGAAAGCUGUGGUCGCCAGUUCAAAAGAAAGGACAAACUAAAAGAACAUAUGAAAAGGAUGCAUUCAGAAGAGCGUGAAGCACGAUUAGCAAACAAGGAAGAAAAACCAGUCAACCAUAAAAAAUUCAUCCCCAAAGUAUCACCUAAUGAUUAUCACCGUUUUAUAUACAAAUGUCACACAUGUCUCCUUGGUUUCAAACGGCGGGGUAUGCUGGUUAACCAUUUGGCCAAAAGACAUCCUGACAUAAAACCAGAUACUGUGCCUGAAUUGAAGCUUCCUAUAUUGAAAACUCAGAGAGAUUAUUAUUGUCAGUACUGUGAAAAAGUCUACAAAUCCAGCUCAAAGCGAAAAGCUCAUAUAUUAAAGAACCAUCCUGGAUCUGAACUACCAAUGAGCAGUCGGAAGAAGUCUCAAAUCCAUGAAGUUCCAGGCCAUCCAAACCCAACAUACUCCCAAAUGGUGGGGAGUAUUACCACAAUGCCACAUCAGUGUGAUUUCUGUCACAAGCAGUAUGCCAGCAAGGCAAAGUUGAUGCAACAUCACAGGAAAAAGCAUCCUGAAAUGUCACCUCCACAAUCAUCUGUCAAACGGGUGAAAGAAGAACACACAGCUGCAAUGUUGUCUGACAAUUCCCAUGGUGUUACUGAGGAAGAAUUUAUGGCUGAGGUGCAUGGUCCUGUUUCAACACAAGCUAUCUCUGACCAAUAUCAACAGGCUGAUCUCCUCACCCAAGCUAUGACUGAGCUGACACAAACAUUAUCUCAUGAUUACCAGCCUUCAGGAGAAUACUCAGUGGCUAGAGUUACUAAUACGGCUAACCCUACAGGCCAUACAGCAAUGGUUCAAAUUCAACCAGCACAAAUUGGCACAGUGUCCGUUGUUGGUGGUCAGCCAACGACAACAAUUGAACUCAGUCACCUUGGACAGAAUCUGGUGCAUACUCAACUGGCAGCUGCUGCUGCUGCUGCCAAUCAACAACAACAACAGACUGUACAAACUAUUGCUUCACUUCCUGCUGCAGAUACUGGUCAAACACUGACCACUUCUCACCAAGCCAUAAGUUCUUCCUUGGCUACAUCUCCUGUUUCUGUCAGUAUGACUAAUGCAACUUUGGCUCUGGCUAGGACUUGGAAUAACUUCAACUUCAAUUGAGCCAGUCAGACAUUUUGUCAAAAUGACAGCGGGGCACUUUCUUUUCUCUUUGAAAAAAUUCCCUAUCUGCAAGUUUAUUGAGUGUCUGUUUAAAUAUUUAUCUGUAUGCUACUGAUCUGAGUCUUACUAAUAUUCUAUCUGGCUGUUUUGUGGGAUUGUUUUAGCUCUGCAUCUAUGUGUUUUGUAUUUCUGACAGAUGUUGUAUAUCUGUCCAAAUGUCUUGUUGAAACCAGUAGUUUUGUUUAUGUUGUUUCAUGACCAAAACGAUUGCUCUUCUUCCAUCCUUUUCUCCGUUUCUUAAUGUGUCUGUUCGUCUCUAACAUUCUCUCUCUCUUUUGCAUACUUGUCUAUUCCUAAUUCUAUUACUCGCACCGUUUUGUUGAUGUUUAACUUUUUCUUUCACAAACAUGCACACAUACAUAUACAGAUUCUCAUCUCUCUGUUAGACAUGUAUACACUCACACACACACUCAUUCACAGUUCUGUACUUCUGCUUAUUCUAUUGUUUUUACUCACUAGACCUUAAGCAUUAUUGCCAAGCUGUCAUAUGUUCUAUGAAUAUUUAUUACUAGCUAUAUGCCUACAAUGAUUUAAUGCUCAAGCUUCUCAACUAAUAUAAGAAAAAAAAAAUGAAGGCCUCUGAGGGAGAAAUCAAUAUUAAAAGGAAGAUAAGAAAAGGUAAAUUUGCAGACCAGAUGCCUAUUGUGUAUUUAGCUUUGUUCCUCUAUAUUCUGAAUUCAGAACUCACAAGUAUUUUCUUUGUCAUUCAUCCCUCCAUAGUGUACAAAAUGAAUAUCAGGCAUGAGCUGGGGUUGGUUCAAUUUACUACAUUCUUCCUCUACAAACUUGUGACUUUGUGCCAGUAGAAAUUAUUAAUGAGGUUGUGACAAAUGCUUUAGAGCAAACUCCAUGUAAGCCAAAGCUAAGACCUGGUUUCAAUUUCCAGUUGAAGCUGAUUACUCUUCUUAUAUCAUAAAUGUCUUUGAUAAAGACAUGCAGUACACAGUUUUGCAUUUUCUCCCCCCCCCCCAUAAAAUGAAGCCUUGUGCUUAUAUAAGAAAUCAUUUUAAUUUUAUAUAUAAGGGGAUGAUGGGCAGUAAAUUUGGAAGAGUAUAACCAAAAUGCUUUGAGGUAAUUUAGCAAUGUCCCUUUACACUCAAAUCAUACUGGAGUCACCUUUACCUUUUAUUUUUCCAUUGUUGAUAAAAUUAGUUCAGAAAUUAAUGUAAUUGAUUGAGCCCUAACAUAAUUAGUGGCCUUGUACCAUUGUUAGUAAUCUAUAUUAUUAGAACUUUACUA